CACUUAUGGAGGACGCCAUUUUGAGUGUUAUCGAACGAUAGUCAAUUAAUACAGUGAAUUAGCGUUUUUUUUCAUUUAAAGUAAAUUGUAGUGAGUUAAAAACAAAAAGUGAACAAAUUAUAACUGCGCAAGCCCAUCUGGACCCUUUAAUUUCAUUAAAGUACUAACAUCAACAAAGCCGGAAUGAAGCGCGAAUCGCAAGAAGACGGAGACGUCCGCGAGGCCCCACAGAAACGUUCCAGACGCGGUGAUGAGGAAGUGAGGCUUUUGAUUCCCAGCAAGGUCGCUGGAUCUAUCAUCGGAAAAGGUGGUCAGAGCAUUACAAAACUUAGAGGACAGUAUAAAGCCUCAAUUACUGUGCCAGAUUGCCCUGGGCCAGAACGGAUCCUUACGAUGUACUCUGAUCUGGAUACCAUCUGCAACAUCGUGCAGGAUGUGAUGCCAAAUUUGGAACAGAACGGCUGUCGGGCUGGUAGCGAUGAAGUCGAUAUCAGAAUGUUGAUUCAUCAGAGUCAAGCUGGAUGCGUUAUUGGAAAGGCCGGAUCAAAAAUCAAGGAACUGAGAGAUAGUACUGGUGCCCGCAUCAAGAUUUUCUCCAACACUGCUCCUCAAAGCACAGACCGUAUCGUGCAGAUGGUCGGUCGAUCAAAUACAAUUGUGGAUGCCAUUCGUGAGAUUAUCACACUAGUAAAAACAAACCCAAUUCGUGGUGCUGUGAAUAACUACGAUCCAUACAAUUACGAUGACUUCUAUGCCAAUGAAUACGGCGGUUAUGGCUCCAAUUCACGCAAUGGACCUGGAGGUGACGACUUUGGAGGACGCGGUGGCGGUGGCGGCGGUAUGAGAAACGAUGACCGCCGCGGUAGCGGUCGCAACAGCGGCGGAUUCAGCCGUAACAGCGGCGGCGGCAGUGGUGGAGGCAGCGGAAUGAGGUCUGGCGGCGGCGGUGGUGGAAUGAGCGGCGGUGGCGGCGGCAGAAGCAGUUUCGGCGGUCGUGGUGGCGGUUUCGAAGACCGCGGCUCUUCAAUGCGCAACAGUUUUGGUAAUCGCGAUUCAGGAUUUGGUGGUGGACGAGAUGGAGGAUAUGGUGGCCGAGACAGUUUUGGAGGUGGUCGAUCUGGAAAUGGUGAUUUUGGAAGUGGCCGCAAUGAUUUCGGCGGUGGAAUGAGGGAUAACUUCAAUUCUCGCAACAGUAUGUCUAGCCGGCGCAAUUAUCGGUAAAGCUGGUUCCCGCAUUCGUAAAAUAAGAAUGGAAUCCUGUGCUGACAUCACAAUAGAUGAACCGCUGCCUGGAUCCAAUGAUAGAAUUAUUACAAUCUCAGGUCUACCCAAUCAAAUACAAAUGGCGCAAU